UAUACCGUUCUGGUUGUUUGUGUGAUUUUACAGGAUAUUGAUGUAGUUUGACAGGAAAACAUUAUAUAAUUUUUAAAUAUGUCGAUAAAGCAGAUCAGUUUCAAUGUAGAAAAAUCAUUAUGAAAGACAAAAUGCCAGCGACAAUAGAAGAUCUGCCCGAUCCAAUUAUUGAAUAUAUUUUAAGUUAUUUGUCACCGUAUAGGGAUUUGAAACAGUGUAUGCAAGUUAAUAGAGCAUGGUACAGAUAUGUGUAUGAUGUGGUUCGAAAAACUCAGAGAGAUUUUUACAAUGCUGUUUGUGGCAUGUCUGUGCAAUGGUGUCAUUUAGUUCCAGAACCUGGGCCUACAAUUUCCAAAAGGUAUUCCCAUAGUGCUUGUUGCAUUGGUAAUUCUAUGUACAUUUUUGGUGGAUGUACUACUGCAAAUACUACAUUUAAUGAUUUGUGGCGCCUGGAUUUGGGAACCAGAUGUUGGAUUCGACCCCUUGCAACAGGAACUUAUCCUCCUCCAAAAGCAUGUGCAACACUUGUAAACCAUGGUGAAAACCUAAUUUUAUUUGGAGGCUGGACUCAUACUGCACCAUAUCCAUUACAUCAGGUAUGGAGGGUUUUCAAUCAGAUUCAUCUUUAUAAUAUUAAUACAAAUCGUUGGACUCAAGUUACCUCAGUUACUGUAUGCCCUCCCAUGGCUGGGCAUUCUGCAACUGUUCAUGGUGAUUUAAUGGUAGUAUUUGGCGGAAUCCAAAGGCAGAUAAGCGAUGGUCCAUUUCUGAGUUCCAAUGACAUAUGGACAUUAGACCUAAAAACAUUUAAAUGGCAGAAACAAGCCACGUCACCAGUUCAGCCUCCUUCACGUUAUGGUCAUUCUCAGAUAGCCAUUGAUAAAAAUCAUUUGCUUAUAAUUGGAGGCUGUGGCGGACCUAACAAAGUAUGUUAGCUUUAUGUAUUAUUGUUAUGAAUGUGCAAGCUGUUAAU